AUGCUUUUCCAUAAAAAUUCUGCAGAUGACAAGUGCUCAGAAGAACAAUUCAAUGAUAUCCGCACAAUGUUCAACAAUUAUUAUUCACUACUGUCAUGUCGUCUUACCAUCGCCGUUAUUAUUAUUUCCUACAUCGGACCCCGUGUCGGCGGGGCAACCACCGAUAAUGACGACCAAAGACACCAAAAUCGUCUGAUGCCGAGGUUUUUGAACGGACAUUACGUGACAUGGCCGGCUAAGGGUGACCUCGACGGGACGACGUCAUAUUGCGACGCAGACAGUCCGCCGCCGAAGCCGCCGCCGCACAUUUAUUACGUGCCGGACAACCUGGUUUUCACUCGUAUGCAAAUGGCCGGAGACAGGGCUUUCAUCGUGUCCCCGAGAUAUAAGCCAGGUGUACCGUUUACUCUAGGCUAUGUUCCAUUAACUGAUUGUCCGUCAACUUCCACGGUUUCAAACAACAGUUUGAAUACCCAACACAAACGCAAUAACGAUGAUGGUUAUCAUCCGGUAACGCCAUAUCCAUCACUCCAUGCACAUUGCCAAUUUACCAAGCAAUCAACACAGUAUAAAGGCAAAGAAAGUUCGUGUGAUAGUGAAUGUCUUGUGAACGUAGUAGACGUGUACUUGGGUCCAGAUGGCAUACUGUGGAUUCUUGAUAUUGGCAUUGUCAAUACGUUACCGUCACCUGAUAGUGCUAGUAAACGAAAAAAAUACAAUGACCCAAAAGUUUUGGGUAUCGAUGUAACCACUGGUGUUACAGUACACAAGAUAAUGCUCGGAGAGCUAUUGAAACCCAUACCCACCCAUGAAGAUAAGUUAAAGACAAUAGUUCGAUCGCUGUGCUCCAUCGUUGUAGAAUACGACGACAACAGUGACAAAGACACCGUGGCGGGAAAGUCUAGAACACAGAAAAGGACGAGAACUGGCGACAACGGUAUGGCGAAGAAAGUUAUGAGAGACAAACUGCCAACGAAGGACAAAUUCGACGUCGGCGGUAACAGUGAUAACAGUAACAUACGCAGUAAGAAUAAUUACAACGGUAGUGGUAGAUGUAAUAGAAAGUGCAGCAGAUCUAGUGAAGAUGAUCCUCCAAUCGUCCGCAAUCGUCGAAAUUCGAAUGACACGUCAAGUUCAAACAAACCAAAACCAGUGGCGGUGUACGUGGGCGACGCAUGCACCCAUGACAGGUUCAAAGGUCUGAUCGUGGUGUGGCUGGUGGAAGAAUGCCGUGGGAUACGCGUGAUCCUGCCGGCGUCGGUUUCGGCUACAGAGGACGAUGACAGCUGUGACGGCGAUCUGGACCCGAGCCGGAACACUCUGCACAUGGCGCUAUUGGACGACUUCGGUGGUCGGCAAAAGCAGCGACACCUGUACUUCACGUACGGCCGAAACCCGGAUGCGUUCCGGAUCCCAGUGACUGCAUUUCGGGACCACGGCACGACUAGAAGAUCCGUCGAUUUGAAGUUGACCAGUUGCCCGUCGACCGGCAGCAACCAGUGCGUGAUGAACGUGGGCCGGAAACCGAUCAGUGGCGGCGGCAGCGUCGGUAGGCCCUUGGUUCCGGUCGAUUCGGCGUACGGUAUGCAGUGGUACUUCCGAGAUCCCGCGGCCAUUCGCCGGUCAGACUUGUACGUCUGGGACGCCCGCCGAAGGUUUCACUCAGAAUACUUCGACCUGGUCGUGCGCGGCCACGUGACGAGGGUGAUGAGCGUCCAGCACAGUGGUCGUUCGUGCGUCAUCGGUGUCUGCGGGUUGCCACCUGAUACAAGAUAUAGAAGAGACACCGGAUGUGGGAAGGAAAUGGGGCGCGGAAAGGACACGGAACAUGGAAAGGAAACGGGCCGUGGGAAGGAAAAAGGACAUGGGAAGGACAAGGGACACGGGAAAGGCACGGGACGCGGGAAGGACACGGGAUGUGAGACAGAUUAUGGCUGCAACGAUGACGACGAUGAUCCAUGCGAAAGUUGUAACAACGCCAGUGAUGCGUUCAUCAAAAACGGGACAGACGGCCGUCUCAAACGUCCCAGUGGUGGUCGACUGUCCCCGGGCUGCAUGGAAAUAACGUCCGUUGAUUACGCGAGCACCAAACCGACAGGUGCAGCCAAGGAUGGUUAUGUCCUGUGGGCAUUACACUCCAACAUUCAGGACUGGGCGCAUGGCCAGACUGGACGUUUUGGUAUGACCGCGUUGCUGUGUCCGAUCGUGUGCAAUACCGCGGGCGAUUAA